GAAACCGUACAUAUAAUGAAGAAACGAGGAGUUAUGGAAGAGACUGGUAUUCCUCUUGAAGUACUCAAGAGUGAUAUCCACAAUCAUUUCAAACUGUUUGACAUGCUGGAGCCAUUGCUGCAGCAGCCUCCACGGUUCGAAAAGCAGCUAAAAUUCCAGAUCCUCCCAGAAAUGCAACGGAUGAUAAUAGAAAACUACUAUAAAUUUGACGAUUGUGUGAUACGAGAAAUUCUAGGAAAGAAGUUGUCCUCCAAGACUCGUAAGGAGUUAGAUGACGUUAGUGAGAGAAGUCGUGUUAACCUGAAGAGUUGUAGACGACAGUUUGAAAAUAUGAAACAUGUAUUUAAAGCCGUUGAGGAAAUGAGGGGAUCGUUAGAACAAAAUGUUCAGCAGAGUUUUCUACUCCCAAUAGAGCUUGCCAGAAAGUAUGCUGCUGUGGUUUUUAUUACAAGCAACAGAUUCGAAACUGGCAAAAAGAAGCUUGCCUAUCUGGAAUUUGAUGACUUUGCACAUUGUGCAAAUCUAAUGAUUACAAACUGGUCCUGUGCUUCGGCAGAUUGCCAGCGUGAAGACAUGUUGGAUGUUGACUUUGAUCGGGAUUUUCUUCAGGACCUGAAAGACUUAAAGAUACUGCUUGACAGAGACCUUAUUGAUGAGCAUAAAGGCAUAACGUGUAGAAAUCUCAAAGCAAGGCUAAGUGAAAAAGUAUGUAAUGAUCUGCAAGCAAACUUUAAGACUCUUUCUCGGUCACUUGUGAAUAUUGCCUGCAAUCUUAUACACAGCAAAGAACUGAGGGACCUCUUUGUAGAUCUUGUAGAGACGUUCAUAGAAACAUGUCGUGGAGCUCGUCUUUGUUACGACGAUGUCCGGUGCUUCCUUGAAGAAUACCAGCAAGCCGUCAAAUCUAUGGAGUUGAUAAAAAGGUCAAAUCUACAAAUUUACGGAACCUGGGAUCGUUACAUGAACACAGUUUCAAGUUGUUUACUGCAGUUGUACCAUAUAUAAUCACGUGUGCUAUUAUUGAUUCAAUUGUAAUUGCUCUUUCUGCACAAUCGGAAUUCAAUGAUACCUUUGACAAAUACACUAAAUACCAUGAAAUACACUGAAUACCAUGAAAUACGCUGAAUACCAUGAAAUACAAAGGCAGUAAAAAACAUCCUACCCAUCAUUUCUGUUAACAUUUAUAUACAUUUUGCGCAAAAUCUCACACAUGGGGGGUAUAUGCUAGGGGUUCUACACUAAGCAUUCAUACUGUGUGUGUUUGUGUGUGUGCGUGCGUGCGUGCACGUGUAUGUCUUUCAACUGAAUAGUCAUUUGUUGAAAAACUAUUAGUGCAAUGAUGUAUGCACAGGUAUAUAAUAUAUUUCUUAAUUUCUUAUCUAGAAUAUCAUAUCAAUUUUAGAAAUAAUUAUUGAAUAAACGUGAUUAUUAUUAGGA